GGCACGUUUGAAGAGGCGGAGUUUGAAGAGGCGGAGUAGCUUGAGGGAUAACCGGGUUUGAAUUUGAGCGGGAAAGCGACCCAGGGCGGCAGCUGGUCCUUCCUCUCAGGAAAUCGAUAUGUUAUCAACAUGGAGAUUAAUCAUUUGUGCUUAGGAGCAACAGAACUGGGGACUGAUCACCUGUCGAGAAUUUUAUAAACCAAUCACACACACAUUCCUAUUCCAUUGCUCUCAUCCCCCAUUUCACCUUCAGCGUUGUCCUACCUAUGGCAUUCAAGAGACAAGUGAAAAACUUUGUGAAAAAUUACUCAGAUGCUGAAAUAAAAGUCAGGGAAGCAACUUCUAAUGACCCUUGGGGUCCCUCCAGUUCUCUGAUGCUAGAUAUCAGUGACUUGACUUUCAACACCAUUUCUCUCUCAGAGAUUAUGAAUAUGCUAUGGCAGAGACUCAGUGACCACGGGAAAAACUGGCGCCAUGUGUAUAAAUCCCUCACCCUGAUGGAUUAUCUCAUUAAGAAUGGAUCAAAGAAAGUUAUUCAGCAUUGCAGAGAGGGGUUCUUUAACCUUCAAAUGCUAAAAGACUUUCAACACAUAGACGAAGCUGGAAAAGACCAAGGUUAUUAUAUCCGGGAAAAGUCGAAGCAAGUUAUAACGUUGCUGAUGGAUGAACAGCUGCUGUAUAAAGAGAGGGAAGUGGCAUGUCGGACUAGACGGCGUACCUCCUACUCCAUGACGUUUCCCAAAAGAAUACCUAGUACUGGUAACUCACCAACAGCGUGUGCUUCUGACCCCACACCAGAAAUUCCUGCUUCAGAGAAGAAAUAUAAGCUUCUUAAGGUUGCCCGGCUACGUAAUAAAGAAAACGCUUCCAAGGCAAGACUGAAGGAAGACCAGUGCCAAGACAUUGAGCCGCCUGUGGAAACCAUGUUGUCCCAGGAUGCUCUGCUGUUGGAGGAGAAUGCUUGGAAAUCAACAGACGAUCUGAUUGUAUUUUAUGAUGAAGAUCCAAAACCAUCCUUGCCAAAAAUACCUCCUUCUGUUAUCUCUCCAACGACAUGGUUGUCAGAUGGGGAAGUGGAAGUCUCCACCCUCUGUGACACAGAUGCUAUGCCUACCUCCUCAGAAAAAAGUCCCUCUCUGCAGACAAAUCUGAGUUUGGACAAGGAAUCAGAGAAUACUAUUUCAAAUACAGUAAUAGAAAACCCCUUGCAAACACCGCAGGGAAAGCAAGAAACCAUAAACAGUGCUGAAAUGUUGACAACUUUACCAGCAUGUUGGUCAUCAAGUAAAGAAGAAUUUAUCAGCCCCAAUUUAAGGAUAUCAAAACCAGAGUCUACUUUCUAUAACCAGUCUUCUGUAGAGACACUCUAUGUCUCUCCCUCUUUCAAAACAGUUAAGCCAGUAAAGGAGAUUGUAAUCGGUGAGGACCUUCAGAAGCCAACACAAACCAGCAUUGUUCAGAUGGAUACUGAAGACCUUAAGACCUUAACCACACGGGUUUCAACUACCUCUGAGGGGACAUCUUCCUUUUCUGCUUCCUCCGUGUCACCUCCUGAUGCAGCGCCUCCAGAGAAGCCAGUUCUCCACUUACCCCUGGAUGUGCCCAGGCCUUCCUUCUGGGCUCUGCCGCAUCCACAGUGGUCUUCUGCCUCCAUUAAGCAUAGAGCUGAGGCAGCCAGGGCCCACCACCCCUUCGCCCCUAGGGGCCUGGUGUCUUCUGAUGAAGAGGAAAAUGACAAUCUCAACCUGCUGGAAAUUCUGCCAGAUAACUCUGAUUCUGCUAAGAACCAGACAAGUCACAUUUCCAGCAGUACCUGGGUAGCUUUUCCCACCCAAAAUGUAGACAACAUUCCCUCCAUGUCCUGUCCUAGUUUUCAGCCCAGCAAAGAGAACCUGCCUAGGGAACCUGAAGCAAAGAGUUCCAUUACAGUUCUUCUAGAGGAGGUGAAAGUUGCGAUAGUAAGACUCCAUGAAGAUCUGAGCACAGUGAUACAGGAGCUUAGCGUCAUCAAUAGCCACCUGGUAAGCAUGAGCAAGAGUGGUCUGCAGGUCAGCAAACCUUUGUAGACUUCUCAGUCUGCCCAAGUCUGACAUCCUCAAUAGCCACUUUGAUAGAAUUCAUGUGGUUCCACUUCCGAAAACACUUAAGAAGUUAACACUUUGUAGAUUCUCCUUACUAUGGGGAAAGAGUGGUAGUGUAAUUUUCCUUGUCAGGUUUAUUAACAAGUAUCUUUCAGCCAGGCAUGGUGGUGCACACCUGCAGUCCCACCACUCUGGGAGGCUGAGGCAGGCAGACCACAAGUUCAA